CUACCUUGACUUCUGUUCAAUAACAGGUGCUUGUUUCUCCUUCUUGCUGCCAGUUGAUUACCACGUCCUAUUGCCACCUCCUGCCUGCGCCUAGGAAACAGCAGGGGGAAUAAAAGGACUCUGGAGCCGAUGCUUUGCGAAAGAGCAUGUUGUAUAGCCUGGGCCAGCAGCUCCCUGUUCAAAAUAUUGCUUCUAUUCUGGCUCUGCUUCUGAUUCACUCUGGCAAAUUUCACCACUAUCUGGAGACCUGGUAGAGACAGCAGGAAAACAGGUCUGCAUCAACAUCCUCAAAAGUGGAUCAAUAUUUUAAUCACAUCACCCCAACUCUUGGUAAUGUUGCUGCCCAAGUGAGCCCAACCCCUGGGGACUGACCAGGGCAAUACCUGUUGAGAGUCUCACCCUCCACCAACUUGCCUAAUGAAAUCCCUUAAAUCAGGGAUGGAGAUCGUGUGGGCUUCUCUUGGAGCACGAGACGCUCAAUCUAAAGGUUGUGGGUUCGAGACCCACUUUGGGCGAAAUAUACCUGCAUCACAGGACUAGAUAAUCCUCCUGAUCCUUUCCGACUCUACAAUUCUAACCCCAGCCAGCAUGGCAAAUGAGUGAUGGGAGUUGUAGUCCAGUGAUAUCUGAAGUGCCCCCCCAACUCUGUAACCUUCCACGAGUGGCAGCGUUUUCCACACGUUGCGUGUGUAUCUAAACUUUUGUGAGGAACAACCUCCUGAGAGGAGGAGGAGGAGGAGAAGCCAUUGCCUUUGAAACUGACCUGCCUCCUCUCACCGUAAAAUUCCGGUGUGAGAGAGGACUCUUUAUUUUUUAACCGUGAAGCAGGAGUUUGACUGGCAUUCCCCCUCAAGAGCUCUCUCUCUCUCUCUCCACCAUAAAGGGGAGGAGGCCGAAGGGGGCGGCUAUUCUCUCCUCCCCUCGCCUUAAGGAACAAAUGGGAUAUUCACGGCGAGGGAACUCCUCCAGGGGCAGCGCCGUCUCCUGCCUCAGCGAGCCGCUUUAUAAAAGUGCAUGCCCCCGAACCAAUCCCCAACCACGCCGCCGUUGCCCAGGAGCUGACGCGGCGGCCCCGACUGCGAGCAGGACACCAUGAAAGCAGCCGCCUCGUGCUCCGUGGCCCUGGGACUCCUGCUGCUCGCGGCCGCGCAGCCCGCCAGCAACCGGCAGGCGCAAAGACCCAGGUAAAGCCCGUCGAUGCAGGCGCGCGCGGGAGAGCCGGCGAGCAAAGAGCCCCCCGACGGGCAGAGGAUCUCCCGCCGCCUGUCCGCUUCCUCCUCUUGCUUGGUUGCUCCUCUUGGCGCCGCGGCGCCGCCUUGCGAGCACGCGACGCGCGCGGUAUCCAUCCCCACGUACGAGCCCACCCAGUGACCGCGCGCGUCUGACUGGCCUCGCGAGGCGUGCAGAGUUUUCCGGGCGGUUAAAUUGCCACAGGUUUAUUAAUUUGCCCGCUCUUUCCUGAUGUUCGUUCUUGUUGAAAUGUGCUGCGCCGACGGGGAGGGUCUCUUGCCGCGUUGCCCUGCCCCGUGCAAGAGCAAAAGUCAGGCUUUGCGCUCUCUCUGUGUGUGUUUUCAAAGCAUGGGAGGUCUCGCUGCCUCGGCCUCUUGUGAACGCCCGGGAUUUGUUGGUUUGCAUCAGAGUUAGGAACGCUAGGAAGUGACCAAAAAGGAGUGCUUCUGAGCAUGUGCAGAUUGCAUUUCCAGACCCUCCGAGUGUCCCUAUUUUCCAGGGACGUCCCUAAUUUAGAGAAGCCGUCCCUAUUUCUGAUUUGAUCCUGAAAUUUCCCGCUUUUCCUUAGGAUGUCGCUAUUUUCAUUGGAGAAAUGUUGGAGGGUAUGGAGUUAUCCGACCCACUAGCCGUUGGAAGGCAAUCCUAUAUAGGGAAGGGGUUGUCUUUUAAUGUUUAAUGCUUUAUUAUGUUUUUAUAUAUGUUGGAAGCUGCCCAGAGUGGCUGGGGCAACCCAGUAAGAUGUGUGGGGUAGAUAUAGUAAAAUUAUCAUUAUGGAAUGGGAGUCCCUAUUUUCAACGGAGAAAUGUUGGAGGGUAUGCAUUUCCAAGUAACCCCAACUGCCCCUCCUGUGCAUUCCUUAGGGGGAGUAAGGCGAAUGAAAAAGGCAUGGUUUCUAUGCAGUCUGUUGAGAUUCUUGCAAGGCAGAGGUUGGAGAUGACCCUGGAAUUCCUUUCCAGCUCUACAGUUCUGUGAUUCCAGGAACCACAGCACCUCUUAUUUUAAGCACAGCCUUAUUGGCUAUUGUCCUCUGAGAUCAUCAUGCGUUUAUAAGUAUUCACAAACAGGACUGUUUUGAGAGGAGAAAAUUACAGCGGACUAGUAGGGGCUGUCUCUGGUCUUUGCUGUGUACCAAAGCCGUUUUUUGGGGGGGAGCUCAGGGAUAUAUACCGGUAAGCUUUAGUUCUUCUUUCAAGUUUUCUGACUGAGCUAUGUUUCAAAGUUUUGUGCAAAUAAGGAACUGGGAACUAGUAACCAACUUCUGAAGAAGAGCCCCACUGUUCUGUUCCAUAGAAUUAGAGGUGAUUUACACUUAGAUGGUAUCCAGGUUUGCUACUUUGUUCACCACAGUGUCACCCAGUAAAUAUGGUGAUGUCUGAAUGGGAUUUGAAAAAACACAAGUCUGCAAAGACCUGAGACACACAGUGGACAGAUACCGCUAUGAACAGCCACAGCUCUCCAGAGCAUGCCAGCCACAUGUUUAAGGAUGCAGUGUUCUGUUUUAAACAUAUACAGCACACUGAUAGCCACUGCAAAAUAUAGGGAGUAAGAAGUUUUACAUAUGCCAUAUAUAUAUGUUGGUCUAAGCAAAAGGAAAAUUAUUUAUUUUAUUUAUUAUAUUGAUAUGACGUCCUUAGACACACACACACACACACACACACGAUUUAAAAGGGCAUAGAUUGUUUAAUUAGCCAAAGGCCAACUCGUUAAUUAAAUAAUGAGUUUACAGGUCUCUUCAUCUGACCUUUUUCCUUCACAGCUGUAAUGAAAACCUGUGCAUUUGUGAAGAUUGCAGACAAAUCUGUUUUGCUGCACAAUACAUUUGGCAGCCAAAGCUGUCAAUCUGUUCCUAACACACACACACACACACACACACACACACACACACACACACACACACACACACACACAGUGUAAAACAGACAUGUGCAAAUGGGGCAUGCAACAAAAUGUUGCAGCGUCUCCCACCCUAAUAGGAAGGCUCUUGUUUUUCACAGUUCUAGGUAGCCACGUCCUCCUGUAGGAUGCAUACUGUGUUCUAUCCUAUGCCCCAGUUUUCUGUUUUUCUUUUUUCAACUGACAUUCAGCAUUCCGAAGUUUGCAUUGAGUGUGCUUGAAGGGCAGCUUUGCUUUUGAAACUAUUAUUUGAACAUCAGCAAACCCUGGAGGUUCCAUCAAUGAUGCUGAGAUCUCCCUCUUGUUUCUGGUAUCCAGUUUUAGCUACAAUUCUGUCAAAGCCACCUGAGUUUGCUGUUAAAGUGAGUGAUGCUAUCUACAAACAUGAUGGUGUGUUGUCAUUUUCUUACACCAUUGUAAGGCAAAACACCAUGGUUGAAGUGAUCUAACUUGUGUCAGUGAUUAUGUGAAGGACUCCCAUCUAGAAUCUGCAGAACUCCCAAGUGUGGUUCUCUUAUUACAAUGCAGCAACUUGAAGCCUUUUUGUCAGGAAUGGGAUGCUUUCAUGGACUGCACGCAAUCCCUGCAGAAUCCUUCAACAUGGCCUGAUCCUUUCCUGAUCCCCCUUUCCAUCUGUAUGGCAGAUGGAAGUAAUAGCAGGAGACAACUCAGGUCCUUCUGUGUGCAGAAUCCAAAGUGUUAUGAUAGUGCAGGAUUUAUUUAUUUUAUACAGAGUGCUGCAGUUUGGGGAAUAGAUUUCUAAAAGUGACAAGUGGAACUUGCCACAGAGUGUUGCAGUAUAUCACAGGGAUGUUCCUGUUUGGGGUCCCAGCCAGCCAUGUCCUUUCAAAGGAUACUUCAUUCAGUUCCCCCCACUCUCAUUCCUCUCUGCAUUUUCCCUUUUCCAACUGCACUCAAUGUUACAUAGCUACUAAACAUACUCAUUCCUUAGUUGGCAGAGGAGGCAGGGGUUGUUCCUCUUAAAAUAUUAUUGUAUAUCUGCAGAGCUUAUUGUUUCUACCUCCCAGAGCCUGCAUUUUGGCUCCGAUCCUGUUGGCACUCACUACCUGAGUUUGCUAAUAGAGUGAGACAGUGAUUGUCCAGCCUAUUAUUAUUCUAAAUUGCUUUUCUGCAAGAUAAUGACAGGCAACAAUUGAAUUGUGCAGGCAACGACUGAACUGGUGAUAUAAUACUGCUUCUGAAGGUCCGUGAGUCUUUAUAUUCAAGCUGAUGAGUAAACCCACUGAGAAUCGAAUCGGUGCACCUUCACAUGAGCCUUUUUCAAGGAAUGCUCGAUUCAUCUGCUUAAUCUCCACAAGUUACAUGGAGCCUUAAGCUCUGUCUGCCCAGCUCCUCUUCUGUAUGGAUGGUAGAUGUUGCCCAAAGCAGAGAUGCUAGAGUGGAAGUCCCCUGCACCACACCAUAUUUAUUGGUCUUUGUUUCUGCUUUAAACAGUAGGCCGAGAAUUCAUGAACUAUCCAGUGCAAAAACACUUCUGGGGAGCAUCAGAGCUAAAUUUUAUUAAAUUUGCCACCUCAGUAGUUCAGUGACCUAUCUGAAUCUUGCACAAGGAUAGGGAAGCCCCAGAAGCGGCCUCAGAACUACUGUCCGCCCUUCUAAAAUUACAGUAUUUAUCAGAGACUUAGGGAUACACCCUUUGACACAUGAGACUCCAAAUGCUUUUUCUUAAAUCCAUCUGUACGGUACAUGUAAAUCCUGGACUGAGUAGACGAUUUAAUUUUCAAGUGUCUGUCCUCUGCAUCCUAUUCCUCAUGAGUCCAUUCCCUCAUGGCCCGAGAAACACAAAAAGAGGCUCCAGUAAGUUAUAUUCUGGGGUCAGCCUAGUGAUAUAGGAAUGAAUCUAAACUUCUGUCUUUUUAAAGCCUGUAAUAUCUGUAGGAUGGGACGCGGGUGGCGCUGUGGUCUAAACCACAGAGUCUAGGGUUUGCCGAUCAGAAGGUCGGCAGUUCGAAUCCCCGCGAUGGGGUGAGCUAGGUAAAAGGGUUACUGUUAAACCGCUCUGGUUUUUCAAAAUGUAAUAUAUUCUCAUUCAAUUUUGUGAGUAAACCAGUCGCAUAAGAUUUUCAAAAACCUAUUUACUACUAAAUUGCUGCUUGCUAGUUAUGCCUUAAUUUUUCAGUCAUUCUGAGUAUAUAGCCUUGGUUUGUAAAUUUCAAAAACGUAGGUGAACCACAAGGCUUCUGGUAAAAAAGAAAAGUAGGCCAUGCAAGUGUGAAGUCAGUCCAUUGCUGAAUCUAGGUUAUUCCUUCAUUUGGCAUCGUUCAAUUUUUUCAGUCACUUUUGUGCCAUCUCCUAUUCCAAGUUAUUCUAGAUGGAGAUGAGUCAACGGGUAAGUCUUGGCCAGUGACCUUGCUUUUGCUACUCCACCCAGCCAUGAGGUCUGUUGGGUUUUUGCCUUUUGUUUACUGCUUGAAGACUUUGGUCUCAUUUGCCUGCCUGAUAAUCUUACUAAGUCGUGUCUGUACCAUCUCUUCAUUCUAAUACAUAGGAUAAUGGUCUUUUCCCCUCAGUACUACUGCAGGGGCAGUUAUCCAUCGUUCCACGUUACCUAAACACAUUGAGUGCUGCAAUUAUAAGAUAUUUCCCUUGCUCUCUCCUACCUAAGUCCUGAAUUCCCAAUAUAUCAGUUUCUCAUUAUACAAGAAUCAGAUCUUAUAACCUUCCGUAAAUAUCCAGUUUCAUUAUUAUUCACUCUGGCUACUUUAAAUAGUUCUCCACCAUUUAUCUCCCUUCUAUGUUAGACCUUUUCUGGUUGUCCCUAAAGGUAAUGGGACCCCUGACCGUUAGGUCCAGUCGUGGACGACUCUGGGGUUGCGGCGCUCAUCUCGCUAUAUAUUAUCCAUACACAUUUAAUUCGUGAUUAAUAUUAACAGUAUGCUACUCUUCACAAAGUGACGCGGGUGGCACUGUGGGUUAAACCACAGAGCCUAGGACUUGCCGAUCAGAAGGUCGGCGGUUCGAAUCCCCGCGACGGGGUGAGCUCCCAUUGCUUGCUCCCUGCUCCUGCCAACCUAGCAGUUCGAAAGCACGUCAAAGUGUAAGUAGAUAGAUAGGGACCGGGCGGGAAGGUACUGUAAACGGCGUUUCCGUGCGCUGCUCUGGUUCGCCAGAAGUGGCUUAGUCAUGCUGGCCACAUGACCCGGAAGCUGUACGCCGGCUCCCUCGGCCAAUAAAGCGAGAUGAGCGCCGCAACCCCAGAGUCAGUCAUGACUGGACCUAAUGGUCAGGGUCCCUUUACCUUUACCUACUCUUCACAAAGCAAUUUAACCAUAGCUAAUCUAAAACAGAAGUGGGAGCUUCCAGUCUCCUCUCCUUGAGGCCAUACCAGAGGAGGAGAGGGGAAAACAGGGAGUGUGAGAGCCUUGAGUGGGGCUAGGCUCAUUCUCCUACUAAACUAUAGUCUAGCACUAUGUCUGAACACAGCUAAUGCAUGUAAAGCAUUUUUAAUACUUUGGGGGGGGGACUGCUGUAUACACACAUCAAAUUACCACCAGAGACAACUGCAAAGUGCUACUAGACAACUGAUAAACAUCCUGUAGUUCUGCUGACUACCUUGGCAGUGGUGUGCAUGAAAGAGCAAGAUAGAGAUGGGUGUUAGUUAAGUUUUUCUUGGAAUUCAGCUAUUUGGCAUCUCCCUAUGCAGAACAAUCAUUCUGUUCCUCCACACAUACCCCCAUGGCAUAGACUUCAUUACCUACCAGUAAUGAAUUGCACUCUAUAGAUGCCAGUUAUUUUAGGCAGCUGUAUUGUGUUACAUUUUAAAUAGUUUAAUUCCUUUACACGGAUGUUCUAGGAAUGGUGUCAGCAGUACAUAUUAGAUAACAGCCAUUCUACUCCGCCUUUAUAAUACUGUCUCAGAAGUAAAGCUUUUCUUUGUUUUCCAGGUCUUUUAAAUGUGGUGGAAUUCUAAGCGGAGCAUCGGGGUUUAUUGGCAGUGAAGGAUUUCCAGGAAUCUACCCUCCAAACAGCAAAUGUACUUGGAAAAUCACAGUAAGAACUUUCACUGUCACAAAACACAUUGAAAAGAAUAACAUGCAGUCCUUCUCUUGUUAUGAAGUAUGCAGUAUGCAUUCAAAUCUGCAGUUCUCACAUGCAACAUUGACACUUAAAUUUUAAGACCUUUGAACCUAGGCACAAUCUGGUUUCGUCAUUUAAUGUAGUUAAGGUCAACCAAGAUCAAGCUAUCUAAUUUAACAGUUCUAGAAGGAGUCAUUUGUCUCCUUCUGUUUAAGUUUUACAAGUGGUAAAGGAAGGCUAGAAAAUCAAUAAAUUCACCCAAUACAGGGAUUGUAAGAUAAAUUGGAGGGGAAUCAGGCUCUAUACAACUUUACUCCACUCCUUGUAUCCCAUUUUUGUCUCAAAAGAACGGAGACAGGCAAAACCCAAUAGUUGCUGCAGAGCAGUAGGCAAGCAGCGAUUUAGUAGUGUUUUUUUGAAAAUCUUAUGAGACUGAUUUACUCACAAAGUUGAAUGAGAAUAUAUUACAUUACAGUAAAAAAGCUGGUUAUUAUCUUUUUCUAAUUUUAGAAGUUGGUCAUUCAGCACAUUGGAUUGUAGACAUGACACAGCCUAUGAGUUGUAGUGCUACUACAGCUGUUACUCUUACCAUCUCUCAUAGAGUAAUUUAUAGAGCACAAAGCAUCACAUACCAGUGGUUUUAACACAAUCCCUCUCCUUGACGGUACUCAGUGAUUUAAGAUGAGUAAUCUAAGAACACUCAGUACAUACAAUAUAUAGGAACAUGACAUAAAAAUAGCAUUCGAGUCUGUCAUAAGUCUUUUACGUAGAUAAUUUAAUAUGUUCAGUAGCUGAAGUCCAUUAAAAGGUUGGUGACAAGAAACCUGUUUUGAAAAAUGUUCCCUAUUAACUGGAGGUACUCGGUUCAUUUUUCUUAUAAUGUUCUUUUAUGGGAGGAAUAAGGAAUGAAGCAUCUUCCAAGUGGGGAAAAUAACCUUUUAAAUACAAACAAAUGGUAGGAUUUGCAGUUAUGAAAUACAGUACAUAUUAAUGGGUUUGUUGUUGAUCUGUGGCCAUAUACCACAAAGCAAAGGAUGAUGGUUUCUCUGCAAUUAUAUGGAUACGUGUAUUUACUGAUAUAUUAUUAUUAUUAUUUAUUGAAUUUAUAUACCACCCUAUACCCGGGGGUCUCAGGGCAGUUCACAGAAUAAAAUCAAGAUAUAGAAGCACAAAAUACAUAAUAAAAAUAAAAACAACAACCCAAUAGCUCCCCUCUCCCACAAAAAAACACAUUUUAAAAGGGCAUAGGAUGUAAAUCAGAUCAAACAAAUGCCUGGUUAAAAGGAAUGUUUUUGCUUAACUCCUAAAGGUGUAUAAUGAAGGCGCCAGGCGAACUUCCCUGGGGAGAACAUUCCACAGAUGGGGAGCCACUGCAGAGAAGGCCUGUUCUUGUGUUGCCACCUUCUGGACCUCUCAAGGAGGAGGCACAUGAAGGAGGGCCUCAGAAGAUGAUCUUAGGGUCCGGGUAGAUUUUGUUAAGGGGGGCUGAGAGGUAUUAGGAGACCCCUGUUCCACUCUGAGAGCUACCAUUCCCAGAGCGGUUUAACAGUAACCCCUUUACCUAGGUAACUCUGAGAAUUGUAGUUCUCUGAGGGGAGAGGGGUCUUCUAACUACGCUCGGCAGCUUUAACAAACUAUAUUUCCCAGGAUUCUUAGGGAGAAACCAUGACUAUUUAAAGUGGCAUGGUACUGCCUGCCCUAAAAUGUAUAAUAUAGAUGGGGCUGUAGAUGAGAAUAGAAAAAUAUUUCCUUCCCCAAUAAAGUUUUUAACCUUAACACCCUAUAGCUUAACAGUUAUUGUUGGGGCACCAUAGCAGAGUUUCAUACAGUGGCAUCCAGCAGAGUUAGCAUUGAACCAAAUUUAUUGUGGUGUCAUAAUAAGCAGUGUUAAACUUUAGCUCUGUUGCCAGAAAAACUCACAGCCCAUUGAACUCCUUAACAAGGUGUGGGGAAAAGCAGCUACCAACAGUAAUCUAGAGACAGUGCUGUGAUUCUGUCAUCUGUUCACUUACAGUUGUGAAUGCAGUUGGAGCUGCAGAUUAGGAACUGGGAGUAGGAAUCAGUUACUUCAUAAAUGUGAAUGAGCAGCAAGAGAUGUUUUGUUGCCUGUAAAAGAAGAGAGUUGACAUAUAUGCGUAACAAGAUAUUAAGCUGACUGGCAUUUCUCUGCCUGUACUCCAGACAUCAGAGCAUGGGCAGAUUAGAAGCAAAUUAGUCAUUACUGUCAAGAACACAGACAGAACAUGAAAGUCAUUAAAUUAACCCAUUGAACUGAGACAUUAUCCCCAUUAUGACUCAAAUGGGAGCAGAAUCAGACCCUGACUAGCUGAAUUCAACACCCGAAAAAAAGAUUAGUUGGGUGAUCAUUGGGUGAGGUUUGCUCACAUAGAUAGAUUUUUUUUUCUUUUCCUGCUGAGACAGCACUAGAAAUAAAUAUUUUUGUGUGAAAUUUAUCACCACAAAAACUGCAUUGCUGUACCCCACUCACAAAAACAAAUCCUUGUGCGUAUUCAGUAAUAGUGUUUUUGGAACCAAGCCAAUAUCUGCACUUGCAAGUUGCCCAUUCAUAAAAAAGUUACAGCAUAUGGCUUUCUGCAAAACAUUUCAGACUUGGGAAAUGUUUAUAUACACUCAUACAUAUAAAGGUUUCUUUAAAAGUCAAGCAGUGUGGGGUAGAGAAUGGGGCUGCAUGUUGGAAAUAGAGAGCUUUCACUUUCCCCCCCUAUCUCUUUUAUGGUUUUAUUAAGUCAUAUCCAUGACCUUUGAUUUCCCUUCCAUUCCGUGGGAUUCACUGGAAGCAAAGUUUGAGAUAGCUCAAAAGGUUUUCUCAAGUUAGUAGUGUGUGCUUUGACCUCUACACAUCCAAUUUGUUCAUGCGAACCUCCACUGCCAACCACCCCACCAAUCCCUGCAAUACCUAUCACAAUUCUUAGGUUAACACCUUAUUUUUAGAAGCCUCAUAGUAUAAUGCAUACAUUUGUUUUCAAAUUGGCUUCACUCAAAACAUGCUUCACUCAAAACAUGUUUUCAAAUUGGCUUCACUCAAAACAUGUUUCCCUUAUCGUGAACCUAAGAGAUCUAAAAAUAAAAAGUUCUUAAAAAAAACCAGCAGCUUAAGAUUUUGAAUUCACUCUCACAAUUUUGUACUCUCUGGAUGUGUGCUCUCUUCCAUUCUUUGGUUCUUUAUACUCUUCCCUCCACCCAGAAGCCUCUUCUAGUCAUUGAAGGUAGUUGUCAGCACCUUGGGUGAGCAAAAGCAGCGGUCAAAGGAUCAUGCUGCACCACAAUUUCCAGCUGUGCAGCAGCUGUAUACUGGUGGGUGCACUACCAGGGAGCAAGAAUAUAAAGCGGGGAGAGGAACUAUGUAUGCACAACAGUCAGGGAAUCUGGGAAGCUUUGGUUGGGAAAAUAGCCUUCUUUUCCCUGGAAAGGGAGGAAUUGGUUCAUUUGUUCCCUAGAGAAAGGGUGGGGGAGAGAGAAAGAGAAACUGCAGCUGUUUUAUAUGCUUCUUCUGUGGCUGGCAAGAAAGGUUGGCAAAAAAACUACAUUUGUUAAAUAAUCAAAUGGGAUCAGUGUGUAUGUGGGGUUGUGGGGAGGACAUCUAUCUAGUCAACAUUGCCCAAAAGAAUUGGUCUGGCUACCUUGCUGCAAUUGUCCCAUGACUCAAACCUCAGCUGUCUGACUGUGGUGAAGCCAAGGGGUCAUGGUUACAACAGAUGCCUCAUCCAGUCUGGGUGGUGGUCCUACUCUUACCAUCUCACAUGGCUGCUGAAUACAGGAGCCACUGGGUAGUUCUUUAUAAAUGCAUGUAAUCUAAAGGAUUGCAUCAGCUCUACAGAUGUCUUUUGAAACUUUUUGGCAGGGGCCUUCCUGCUGCAUCCACUCAUCAGCAUAUCAUUUUAGAUUUGUGCAUGCAAAAAAAAAAAAAAAAGAAUAGCCUUAAUAUUUAUAGUAUUGUGAUAGCAGCUUUCAGAGUUCUAAGACAACAUUUAUGGUUUCCUUAGGAAACGCUUUAUUACUAUUUCUGUUGCAGCUGUGAAGUUUAAUAACUCAUUUGGUUCCUUAAUUUCAGUCAUGCAGUUUCACACAUGAGCCUUUUGCUUUUACUACAGCUCUAUUUGAAAAUACUUAGGAAACACAAAAUCACCCCCAGUUAGCAGAUUAACACAGUCGUUAAUGCUGUGGACAUAGGUAGUCCAGAUAAGAGGUAAUAGUUGAGCAUGAUUUAUUCUCUUGAAGGAAGCACAAAGGUAUUAGCAAUUGCUUUAUCUUGUGGGUCCCCGUGGCUGCUGUGAUUUCCCCCCCACUAAGCAGGGAUCAUUCACAAGCAAUUAUGCAUCUUUACAUUCAGUAAAUACUGAACCAUAGAGCACCCAACUUGGAUGGAAUCUCCAUGUAUUUAACAGUAAAGCAUGGGUGCUUGCAUAUCUCUAUCAUACCUACAGAGCCAUGCAAAGACACAAGCCUUAUGCAGAAACAUGGUGAAAUCUUUCAACCCACACAAUCAGUCUUUCAAGGGCAAUGGAGGUAUGCAAGCACAAAUUCUGUUCAAAGUGCACACUAGAGAAGGUGAAUUGGCAAUGCUCUGUAGACUUGGAAGCUAGGGAAGAGGAGAGGAGCAGAAUGUCUUAUUUGUGUAAACAGAAGGGGAAACAUUUGGGGGAUGUUAUAUGAGAAGAAAAGGGGUUUGAGAAGGACUUUAUAUUAUCCUUGUAAGAUAUAAAUAUAUGUAGAGAGUAAAAGUUACACCAUAAGGUCAACAUGUAAACCGCAGACUGUUAAUCUUUAGCUUCUUUUCUUUCUACAGGUUCCCGAAGGGAAAGUCGUGGUUCUUUCCUUUAGAUUCAUGGACUUGGAAAGUGAUAACUUAUGCCGAUAUGACUUUGUGGAUGUGUACAACGGCCAUGCAAACGGGCAGCGUCUUGGCAGGUUCUGUGGCACGUUGAAACCUGGUGCUCUUGUGGCCAACAGCAAUAAGAUGCUGGUGCAAAUGAUUUCAGAUGCCAAUACAGCUGGGAAUGGCUUUGUUGCAAAGUUUUCUGCAGCAGAACCACAUGAAAGAGGUAUUCUGCAAGUUAUUGAAGCUUAAGGUGAUAGAUACACUGAGCUCUGUACUUUCAUGUAAGAAUCUUCGGGGGGGGGUUAUAAAAAAAAAAGUAUUUUAUUAUUUUCUUACAUUAUGAAGGAACCUUUGUAAAGCCAAAGGGAUUCAUCUAUAAUUGGAAGCCAUUUGCUAGCCAUCUAAAAAGGUGAACUACAUAAAACAAUGCAUUUGCUCUAUAAAAUUUGAAGUAAAAAAACCCCCCAGUAAUAUGGAAAGGAGUGCAUUGUGUGAUACGAUUUCAGUGUUUCAUCGAAAUUUAACAUUUUGCAGGCUGGGAUUAUAAUGUUCUUUAUAUGAGAGUUGGGCAAACACCACAUGAAACUCUGGUUUUUGGCCUAGCGUUAUGUUGUGUAUUUUUAGGAGACCAGUACUGUGGUGGACGACUAGACAAGCCUGGGUCCUUUAAAACUCCUAAUUGGCCUGAUCGAGAUUACCCAGCCGGGGUUUCCUGCUCAUGGCACAUUGUAGCUCCAAAGAAUCAGGUGAGCUGUGUUCACACAUAUGGCGUCUGCUUUCAUCUUUCCUAUUUGCAAAAGCCCUCUGAUUCCCAUCUUUCCUUCUGGCUCUUUUCCACCUGAAGAAUUUCUAGCAUUCACCUCUUCCAGAUGCUUCCUGUCAGCGACUUUCAACCCCAUCUUAGCUCACAGUCACAACCAGACCUACAGCAUCUAUGAAGUAGAGCGGGGAUCAGCAAACCUUUUCAGCAGGGGGCCGGUCCACUGUCCCUCAGACCUUGUGGGAGGCCGGACUAUAUUUUGGAAAAAAAUAUGAACAAAGUCCUAUGCCCCACAAAUAACCCAAAGAUGCAUUUUAAAUAAAAGGGCACAUUCUACUCGUGUAAAAACAUGCUGAUUCCCAGACCAUCUGCGGGAUCCGGCCCCCGGGCCUUAGUUUGCCUACCCAUGAAGUGUAGUAGAGCAAUCAGAAGACAGUGGCUACUUACACUCUGAUUUAGGCUCAGAAAAUGGCUUACACUCUGAUUUAGGCUCAGAAAAUGGCUACUUUGAAGAAAACCCUGCUCACCAAUUAGCAGAGCUGAACAUCUGGGUAUUAUAUUGAUUGCUGAGUUGCCAGGUGGCAUGAGAAAUAAUGGUAUUAGCAGCAGCACAGUGAGUUUCAUGGGAGAUGUUCUGAGCAUUUAUCUUCUCCUGUUACGUUGCACUGCAAGUCCCACUGCAUAGGAACAUGUUCAAAUUCUGAUAAUACAUUUAGCCUAUUUAAUCCUGAUGAUAAUUUUUCAUUUGUUGUGCAGCUGUGUGGCCCUUGUAAAUAAGACCUGCUUUCAUCAAACAUGUAACUGAGACACACACAAAAUACAGCUAGGGUAAAACUAGGUUUCAUUUUCAGAUUUCUACGUCUUAUGAAAACUGUUCUCUUUUUAGGUAAGUUAUAAAUUAUGCCUAUGCACCUGACAAGAGAAAUCAUAUUCUCACUGUUCAUUUCCCCCUCUUUACCUGUUUCCUUUACUGUUCUAGUGCACCUUUGUCUAAUGUUUUUUUUUUGUGAACAUUUAUUUCCGUUGACUUGCUCUAGUUCAGCCUUUUAAAAGAUAAGAUUUUGUAGGAAAGGAAGGAUUGUUGGGUUAAAAGACAGCAAGAAAUACAAUAUAUUUUCUCAUUAAAUGCAGUGUAUAUGAACAAUUUCUGAGCACCAAAGUGAAUAACAAAUGCUUUAUUUUCAGUUUAAGAACAUUAUGGAUUUUCUGUUCAAAAUGAUUGACUCAAUAUUUCCUCUGCAUGCCUACCUAGAACCAAGUAGGGGCACUUGCUACACUCCACGGUGUCUAAAUAUUGCCACACUCAUUCAAUUCCCUUUGCUUUUUCCACUUUCAGGUUUUAAUUCCCUAAUCUAUUUGCUCAUUCUAUCAUUUUCUUAAUCUUAAGGAUGCUACCAUUUCAUUUCUUAGGACUGAAACCACUUUGCCUUGUUUCAUAUCCAUUUGUCAGUCACCCCAUAUUAGUUCUACCUAAGUGCCUUUUCACACUAUGGCAGGCUACUCAAUCUUUGCUUUCUCUCUUUUUUGUUGUUGUUGCCUAGGUUUCUGCUCCAUAAAACUAUAUUAUGGCAGGAGGCACUUAGUGAUUGAAUACCUUUAUCUUCAAGCAUAUUUGGUAGGUUGGCUGCUUUUCAUAUCUACUUUCUGAACCCUUGUCCAUGCCACUUUGAGUUGCCUUUUAAUCCACUUCUCAUGACCAUAAUCCUCCAAAUGAAAGAGCUGGCCAAGAUAAAUAUAUUCUUCUGAUCCUUAAUUUUCUCCCACCCCCUGCAUUGAUCAGGAUAAUAUUUUCUUGAACUUGGGGCUGUAGAUCAGCUUAGUCUUUUCCUGUAUUCAUCUUUAAUCCACAUUCCUUGCUUGCUACAUAUGGCUCAUUUAACAAUUUAUGGAUAGCCAGCGAUUUAAUUGAACGUGAUAAAUUACAAAGCAUUUGUGAUUGCUCUCAUUAUUGCCAAACGUGCCUGAAAAUCUUUUCAAGCUCUUACUGAAUUAUACCAUCCCAUUAGUGUACUCUUCACCUCUUGGGUUCUUAUUCUUGAGAAACUGUAUUUGCAAGUGCUUAAAACAUUUAACCAUGUACUUAUUCUCAGUAUAUUCCAGUAAUGUACUUAUUCUCAGUAUAUUCCAGUAAUGUACUUAUUCUCAGUAUAUUCCAGUAAUGCUUCUUGUGAAGGUCAGUAUCUACCAAUGAAUCAAUGCCUCGUUAGCUCACUAUUAAACUCUUGCUGCAUUUUUAUUUCACCUGGAUAGCAUCAAAUAUUUAAACGAAUCAGGAGAAAAUGGAUCUCCCAGCCUGCUUUGAUUUAUAGAACUGUUAUUGUUCAGUUAGGGUUCUGCCUUUCCAUUAAAGCCAUUAUAGGCACAGGGAAGGAAAACAUCUUAUUAUUAACAUGGCAUAAGUGUAAGCUUAUAGCUAUUCCUCUCAGCACUUGUACCCUGUAGUUGAUGGGGCGUUGCCUUAGUACAAGGGGUAGCCACACUCCUGUUCACUUUUACAACAAAAAUAGUAAUUGGGACAUGGAAAGCCUAAUGGAGAAAGUAAGACUCUUUAAAUGCUAUGGCAUUGUUGUCAGCAGAAAGAGCGGCACUUGGUAGUAUUCACCAACUUUUUUUUAAAGACAAGACUAGUUUACUCAUCCUUUGGGGGGGUGCAUUUUCUAAAGAAUUUGAAAUAAAACUUUACAAGAGCAAAAAAACAGGAUCAGUGGAGAAGUGGAUAUUGUGUCACUUGCACACUAGUAACUACCAAACUAGCAGUGCAGCUUCAUGAAGAACCUCAAUUUUUCCGUAACAGCAAUACCUCUUACAGUGCUAAGAGAAGUGUUAACUUGAUGGUCCCACGCAAGAAAUGAGCAACUAAUGCACAAUAAAAAAUCAACAUCUGAAAGAAAAAGUGGGUGGGGGCUUUUAUUCCUCAAACAGUUCCCUUUCAGCAAGGCUUUAAUCUGAAGGGCAAACUAUGCUUUUGCUUGGUGCAGCUGGCAAAUUUUACUUUUUAACAUGCACCUGACUGCUUCUAUUUUCUUUCUAUUCUUAAUUUCUAUUCUUAAUUGAGCAUUGUUUCAGAAUAUCAAGGGGUCUUGAUGCAACAUGAGAUAGUCAUGAUAAAGCAAGGAAUUAAAAGAACGGCCUAUAUAUACAUAAAAUGUUUGGAUUGAAAUUACAUGGAACUAAAUAAUAAAAAAACACACAGGAAAAAUACCAAUAGAGAUUCACAUUAUUGUUUGGGACAAUACUGUGGUAGGCUGUUCUGUCACCCAACAUAUUAUGCUCUCUGAGAAACAUGUUAUCAUCUUUGUUCUUACUGUCAAUAUAGACACAUCCAUUACAGCUAUUCAUUCACUCAUUUAUCAUCUUUGUUAACCUGCUCUUCUACUAAUAGGUCAAUAAAGUUUCUUGCAAACCAGUAAUUAAAAUUUGUUUCUACUAAGCAUAGCACAGAUUAAGCAUGGUUUGUUCAGGUUCAGGCAACCCAGCAAGCAGCAGUUGAUUUUAAAUGGAAGCAAAUUAUUCUGAACUCCUUGCAGCUGUGCUUGAGGAAGAGGGAAGACAGGAAGAGCCUGAGGCGCCCUAUUGUUUAGCAUUAUGUCCAGACCAGGCUAUUAUAUUAGCAUUUGUCUUCCAGGCAAUGUGUUCAAGUAAAAUCCCAUGAGAUGUUGUUAAGAGGGGUUAGAAUUCCAUACACAGUAUUCUCCUAAAUAAGCAGCAGGGUUGAGUUAUUUUUAUAUAUACAGCCUUGGAAAAAAAUUAUAAAACCCAUCUAAUAACCGUGAAGCAUUCCACUGGCCAUGCCAAUUAGCUUGCCGGACAUGACUUUCAUUUUGUUUUGCUUUGUACAUAUAAUUCACUUAAUAUGGAUAUUGCCUUCAAGGAUUUGUGUUUUAAUUUUUGCAACAGUAUUUGAGCGGCAAUAUCAUAGCAGCUUUCUGUUAAUAUUGUUGUUUCCUCCUUCUUCUUUUUAGCAACCAAAAUUCAUCCUUAUUACAAAUACUUAUCCAGAGUUUGAUCUUAUGUGGUGUUCAACCCACUAGUCUGAAUUCUCUGUAGCACGUCCUUAUUCAUUCACAAAUAGCAACUGUUAUGAGGCAUGCCAGGCCUUGUUCAGGUCCCAGGCUGUGCCUACAAGCAAGAAAGCAGCAUUCUGAUGUUGCUUUGUCCACAGCCUGCUGUGGACUGAGCCUUAUAUAGGAGCAGGAAUUCUCUCUCUGUGGUAAGAUCUGCCUUUAUUGAAAGAUGCUGCAUCAGUUAAAGGCAGAGCAUGUACCUAGGGUCCCCUGUGCCCUUGCAGGGAGCUGCAUCAGCACAUAUACACCCCAGAAAAAAACACUUUACCACAACAGCCACAACAGAAAUUACUGCAUUUUAUACACCCCAAGUACUUGAAGGGUCUGGAGUGAGGGCAAGGCUAGGAGGACUGGCCAAAAAAUCUGCCAUGGUGUGUGUGAGAAGUUGGGAAGCUUCUCCUGUGUCUGAUCUCGCUGCAACAAUGGUAUCUCAUUGCCACACACAUAUGUAUGCCAUGCACUCUAGUCUCCAGCGAUCUCCCUUCAUACAGCCUUGCCAUUUGUCCUUCCACUCAGCUCCCAAUUCUUGUCUAAACUCAUGACCAUAUGUAACUGGAGACAUAUUUCUGGGCUGAUUUUUUGUUCCCCACCCGCCUGGAGGGCAGUUUCACCAAUCUCUAUGUCUGCCUCAGGGGCUCAACCCACUCCAGCAGUCAUUUACUCUGACAGGUGGAGUCUGAUCGGACUAGGCCUUCUGUGGUGGAGCCCCUUGCCUUAAGAGAGCAAUGCGACAUCCUCAGUUUGGUGGGGCAACAGUUCCAUGGGCUCAUCUUGCAGACUUGUUUCUGGGGCCAGCCCUGCCCUACAUGCAAUUUGCGUUCUGACACAAAGCCCUUGAUCUCCUAACUGGAGAUGGGGAAUCUGAUCCCAGGGUCACGGCAGCUUUAAUGUACUACACGAAAUGUUUUAGGACCAUCUUUUUAAGAGUCUUUGAGAUGCUGAUUAAAUCCAAGGUGCCAAACUGGAGGGCCUCUGAGGAUCUUUGUGGUUUUAGGGUUUAUUGUGAAAAGAAGUAGGCCUUUAAGUAGAUUCUUAAUUUCCCUCCUUGCAGCUAAUAGAGUUAAAGUUUGAAAAAUUUGAUGUGGAGAGAGAUAACUACUGCAGAUAUGACUAUGUGGCUGUGUUUAAUGGAGGCGAGAUUAACGAUGCUAGGAGAAUUGGGAAAUACUGCGGAGACAGUCCACCAGCGUAAGUAAUGGUAUUUGUUUCAUUUAAACUGCUGUUUCUAUGAAAAGAUGAAAACUGGAUAGGCAUGGUUGUUGUUUCAGUACAAUCCCAUCCAUCCUGUCCUUUCAUCCAUUCAUCUAUUUAUCACUUAGAUUUUCAUAACUGAUUUUCCUUUCCUUAAAAUUUACUGUAGCUGCAAAUUGGAACAACAAAUUGCAGCUUUAUUAUGUUAAAUAGCUUUGCUGGCUAUUUAACAACCAGUUUUACCACCCUACAUUUCUCUGGGUGGAAGGGUGGGUUAAAAUUUAAUAAUAAACAAAAAUGAUAGUGUAGUUUUUUAGGAAUCCUGAGUAAGUAUGCAAGUUAGAUGACAUACGAAGAUUUUCUUUUAUUGUGCGUUGUGUCAUAUUGAUGUAUGCAAUUGCAUUAAAGCACAAGGUUUUUGCUAGCAUUUUUCUUGCUGUUUUAUACUUGUGUAUUUCAGUGAAGUUUAAUAGAGAAAUUAUUUUUUUAAAUCUAUUAGUGGGGAAAGUAGAAAGUCCUCAUGAAGAUAAUCUCAGUACCAUGGGGGAAAUAAUUGUACAUACAGAUCCAGGUAAAGGUAAAGGGACCCCUGACCAUUAGGUCCAUUCGUGACCGACUCUGGGGUUGCGGCGCUCAUCUCGCUUUAUUGGCUGAGGGAGCCGGUGUACAGCUUCUGGGUCACGUGGCCAGCAUGACUAAGCCGCUUCUGGCGAACCAGAGCAGCGCACAGAAACACCGUUUACCUUCCCGCCGGAGCAGUACCUAUUUAUCUACUUGCACUUUGACAUGCUUUCGAACUGCUAGGUUGGCAGGAGCAGGGACCGAGCAACGGGAGCUCACCCUGUCGCGGGGAUUCGAACCGCCAACCUUCUGAUCAGCAAGCCCUAGGCUCUGUGGUUUAACCCACAGCGCCACCUGCGUCCCUUACAUACAGAUCCAAGCAGCAUAUAAAACUCCAGAUGGGAAGGUUGAUCCUUAGCUGUGUAUUGCAGUGCUGAUGGACAUUGUAUUGGGUGGAUGGCCUGCACACAUUUGCAUCUUGAUGCUCAUGUGCCUCCAACCUCCACUGAGUUGCACCAUUUUCUGUGUAUAUCUGUCAUCUUACUAGCAUGCAUUUCAUCUAUUAUGGACACCUUUUGUGAAGGGCUUCCUUUCUUCCUUGCACUGCAGAGCUCAAAUUAAGGUGGCAACCAAGUUUUCCCGUGUUUCCCAUUCCUGUGGACUCUGGGGCUAGUUAGGAAUGGGCUCAGGGUUCCAAAUGCAUGAAUUUAUUUUCCAAACUUGCCAUUGUGAGUUUUGUCUUAAUCACUGAUGCAAAUUUAUGAAGAAUUGACCUGAUGAAGUUCUACCAAGGGAGUAUUUCUGAAUUAAAUCUUAAAUCUACAGGACCUACUCCUGUUCCUUAAAUUUAGCAUGUGCACAAAACAUUUCCAAUGUUGUAGAGAGUCAAGACAAAUCGUAUACAAAUCAGCAAGUGGACUAGUGGAUGUAUUAUAACAUUUCAUUUUAGAUCUGCUUGUUUUUUGCUUAACAUAUUUGAACGUUACUAUUUUCCUGAGAGCUUAAGUACAUAUUUACCUGGAAAAAGGUUCCUUAAGGACUUGUGCUGCUUACUUCACUCUGAAAACAUAGCCAACUGCAUAUUUGGUAACAGGAAUCUUUAUGCUCCAUGUGGGGGGGAAAUCAGAUUAACAAAGGCAGACUCAGUUUUCCAUUCAAUUUUAGUAAGGAUAUUUACACAUAUAGUCUGUUUGUGUGGUAUGCAGUGCUACAAAAUCUGUUGGCUGCAUAUAGUUCAACAAGCAAUAAUAUAACAACUACAAAAGACCCUCCUAACAUGAAUGAUGCAUUGUUCUCUUUCAGGCCUAUUGUAUCUGAGAGAAAUGAGUUACUUAUUCAGUUCUUGUCUGAUUUAAGUUUAACUGCUGACGGCUUUAUUGGGCACUACAAAUUCAGGCCCAAAAAAAUACCUACAACCGCAUCACCUACUACCGCAACCCUCCCUGCCACCACAAGUAAGUCUAAACUCAUUGUUUAAUCUUUAUUGAAGGUGUUGGUAGAAAAGGCAGGGAAGCUUCAGGAUCAGCCUUAAUUCUUUUUUAAUUUUUAAAAAAUCAUCUUAUUGUAAAGAAGAGGCUGGGGGAAAGGGUUGCUUUGAUUAAAUCAAAGUAGGAGGACCUUCUAUUCUGAAUGCUCAUGUGUGUAGUGAUGUCACAUUAGUCUGGAAUGUUGUGAUUUUAAUGAGCCCUGUUGUCUUACUUGCCGAGGUGUGUAUAGAUUGUCAUAAACAAAAUGAGCAUAAAGAAGGCUGAUGGUUGGUUGGUUACUUAGAAGAUCUGGGAGUGUAGCAUGACUGAUAAAAUCAUAUUAGAUUAGGGACCUCUUUUCCUCCUUGACUGCAGUUUGUUUCAGAGUUAGAUAUCCAGAAUAUCAUCUGUGCCACCAUGAAUGUGAGGUUUGAUCACUGACACACAUUGUACAACUCUGUUAGAGCUGGAACUGCAGCAAACAGCAAAAGUACAUGGCGCAAAUACAGAAUAUUGGUUUCUUUGAGGUACGGUGUGUCUGGAUUAUGUGGGGUUUUUGCUUUGGGAAUGUCAGUUCUCUCUGCAUUUAAUAGAGUAAACACACAGGAAAAAUGAAAGUCUCUUUUAAAUGACUUCUGAAACACUUGAACUGACUUCACUAACUCUGCUUUCUCGACCUCUUUGGAGAAGCGGUGAAGCCUACAGUUGCCCUGUGCCAGCAAAAAUGCAGAAGGAGUGGAACUCUUGAGAGCAGUUACUGUUCAAGUAACUUCGGUAAGAGCAGCAAGUAUCUUUCCCCUUUCAACCAGUGACUUGGGCAUGUAUGCUUAGUUUCAUGGGAGGGUCAGAGCCACUUAUUUGUAAACUACCAUUAGUGCACAAAGAAAUUCUUUCAGAUCAUAGUACUUGCAUCUCUUAUACUGUGUCUAUGACUCAGUUAUAUGUCUUCAGAUGUUUUACAGAGAAGACAGUGUGGAUGUUUGUCAGGGAAAAAAACUGUUCCAGUCUAAACAAAACUGAACAAACAGAAAGCAAACUGUUGCUCUAUGAAAGUGUUGAUUCAGUGAUGAUGCUGGCAUGUUGUCUUCUUGGAACAGCCUGUAUUCCUUAUUCACUGUGACAAUUUUGUUGUAUGUACUCCUGUAAUUCUGGUUUCAUAAUACUUCUUGGAAAUCCUCUGCAAUGCAAAAGUUGUUCAUUAUGGUAAAGGCCUGUGCAUCUUCUCCUUACCUAUUUAGAUAUAAAACUGUGAUGAUUGAUAAUAUUUGAUUCAAAUUGUUAGUUGCUUUAACUUGCGCAGGGCAACCCAAGGCAACUUACAACCCAACAUUUAUAUGUGGUUGUCUCAAUGCAACCGGGCAACGCAACUAGCAUAAUACUUAGGGGCCAACCCAAACUCUUCUAACUCUGUAGCCCAGCAGGGCCUUGCUGCACAUUGUGGCUGUGGCAGAAGUUGGUAGGAACAUGCAGAUCACUAUGCCACCCUGGACCCACCACCAAACUGUACCUAGCCUACUGCAAAGUGGGGGUUGGGAGACAGAAAGAUGAGUGUAAGAUACUGACUCCACUUCAUGUUAAUGUUACAGCAUCUCCAAAUUACAGUCCUUUUAAGAUUCUGUGAACCAUCAAGGUGGCCUUGUUAAUUUGAUGGUCAGUCAAUAUCCCAAACAAACAACUCACAAUAAAAAAGGACACUUGUUUAACUUACAUAGCCAUAGCCAAAGGACAUACUUGUUUGAGACUUUUAUCUUCUGUGCACGUAAAGGUGAAGUGGUCAUGUAACUGUUUCAUUGUGUUCCAAUCACAUUCCAGUGUAUUAAUCCUAUGUAUUUCUUUUAUCUAGUAAUAACUGGAUCCAUUAUCACAACCAACAUUAAAGGUGGAAGCUUGCAUGCAACGGUAUCAAUUAUUAACGUCUACAAAGAAGGAAAUUUAGCGAUCCAACAAGCAGGCAAAAAUAUGAGUGCCAAGAUCAUUGUUGUUUGUAAACAGUGUCCUCUUAUCAGAAGAGGUAAGUGAUUAACAGAAUUCUGCUUUUUGCAAAUUACACUUAUUUUCUAAUUACUUCUUUAAUUUUCAAUAACUUUCUCAGGACACUUUAUUCAGAAUCAGAUUGAUCCUUUAUAGAACAAAAUGUCAAAGCAAACUAUCCAAAUAUUACCUACUGAUGGGUGGUUUUUUAAAAACAUACUGAUGAAUGUUUGAGAAAAUUCAGAGACCAUAACAAUUUGAUUAUAGAAUUGCUUCUCUGAAAGCUCUUCAGUUAAUCAAAAUUAGUAAAAUAGUGCAAAUGAGUUGAAUGAGAAGAGAGGAUUGGUUGCUGAAUCUGCUAUUAUAAAGGUCAUACCUCUGUAAACCAAGACAAAUCUAGGAUAAUGGUAGACAUACACACACCUUUAAAACUGAAAUAUGUUGGGGGGGGGGGAUUUGGAUUCAAUUUACCAGUUUACCAUCUACUUGCAUUAAAGCACUAUUUGACUCCUAUAGGCAAAUAGAGAAGGCUUACUGUUUUUCAUCCAUAUCAAUCAAACUCAAUGUAGAAAAGCAUACUCAAUGUAGAGCAGGCAUUAGUGGGGCAUAAUGAAAAUUAAAUAAAAGUCGUUUUUUUCCAACAUUUUAGUGAGCACCUGCUGAUUAAAAAAAUUAGACAAGGUUUAAUAAAACAGUGAUUGCACUGCUGUUAACUUUUUAACAGUUAGCUUUAUGCCUCCUUAUCACCUCAAAGUGAAAGGACCUGUUCAUAAUCUCAUCUCAAUAUAUCCUAAUAUUCCCAAAACAUCCAACCCUAUGCCGUGGAUACCUUCCACAACUGAACUUAUUCUUCCUUAAAGGUAAAUGUUCAGUUUCAAAAUUAAUUAAUGUUCACUCUAAUCCAGGAAUACUCUAUAUGGUGUCUUCCUGAUUUUGUUGCACUCCAACUUCCAUCAGCCCCAUCUAGCAUGGCAGUGUUCAAGGAUGGUGGAAACUUUGGUCCAGUAAAGUUUGGAGGACAUCACAUUGGCAGUUCCCUGGUCUGGUGUUUACAUUUCUGAGUAAAGUUUGAUCUGUUUCCCUUUCUGAGAGGAGAAACCAAAAGAUAUUACACCCUGAAAUCUACAUAUUCAACUGAGAGAUUAUAAAAAGCUAUGGAAGGCCAUUGGCCAUUUACAACACAGAUAUACAGGUUUAUUCAGUGAUUACACUAUAAAAAUUGCAUGAAAUAAUAUAGCUGUAUUUUCCAAAUUGUAGAAUCUGUUCCACUAUUUUAAAAACUCUUCCCCUCUCAACAGGUCUAAAUUAUGUCAUUAUGGGACAGGUAGAAGAAGAUGGCAGAGGUAAAAUCUUGCCCAGCAGCUUUACAAUGAGUUUCAAGACGAAGAACCAAAAGAUCCUGAAUAUCUUGAAAAACAAGCAGUGUUGAAUGUGAAUUUUUGCAGCUGAGUCCUGCCAUCUAUCCUCCAGAAUCUCUCUUCAUGCAAAUAAAAUGGGAGAUUUUCCAGGAACGUAGUGUACUUUCCGGAAUUUUUCAACCUUGUUUUCCCCAUAGACUGGUGUUGCAAAAAUCAAAAGAAAAAUACAUGAUUGCCAAUUUUAUCUUUCAAAACCUUCAGCAACAUCAGCCAGCCUGUACCAUACCAAAUUUUCACUACCGUGAAUUUCUUAAUUUAUACUUUUCUCAGAAGGAUUUUUUUUUAAAAAAAUGACUGAUGUGAUGAAGUGCAAUAUUUAUAGUAAUUCAUAUUAACUUAGUUUUCCUGUUUCCUUGCAGAAUAAGCUACACUUAAUAAACACUUCUAAAAACUCAGUGGCUUCAGUGUUGGGAUUGGAUAUGGAAGUUCCAGGUUCAAAUUCACUUGGAUAUGAUGUCCACAGCGCGACAGUGUUUGCACAUCGUGGCAAACCAUUAUUAAAGGGUUACUGUGACUCAAAACCAUUCCUUCAAUUUUUCCCUGGUGUGAGCAGGAGCAACAAACCAUGAUCCCCACAUCACAGCAGUUUAUUUUGCUUCCAAACGAACUGCAUUCUAAAGCCAAGGUUUGCUCUUCACUUAUAAGGAUUGCUAAUCUGGGUAAAACAACUGUUUGUUGCUCAAACAUGUCCUAGGGGAAGAGUAAGGGAGGAGCAAAAUCUGCAUUCAAAGCAAUCCAUUAACUACCAUUUAACAUGACAUUAAAUUGGGCAUGUGUAGCUUUGUACAAGACAUGAUCUCAGCCAAUCACACCUCACAAGGACUUCGAGAGGAAAAAAUGAUGUCCUGAGCUCUAUGAAAAAGGCAAGAUACAAAUGAAACAAAUUAAUCACCUGAGCUUUUAGGCAACAAUUCUUUAAUGUCAAAAAGCUUAUUAGGAAAUGAAACAACUCUUUAAAAAAGCUUAAGUUACAGAAGUAUCCAAUUCAAGAAUGAUAUGAAAUGAAAAUUCACUUUGAAACACAAUGAAGUCUGGAAGGAUUACCCCAAAGACAUCCGCUGGCUCAUCAGCAGAAAGCCAUCAACUGCUGUCAUACCUUAUUGGAUUCUGCAUUGUAUACAGUAUAAAUCCUGAAUUCUGCAGCAAAACACAUUCUCAUCAGGUUUUCUUCUGAGUUUUUUCCUGCAUCACUUAUUUUGUGCUAUUCAUGCUGUGUGCUUGUGGAAUGAUAAUGGCAAGAUUUUUUUAAAAAAAACAGAAACAUAACGUCUGAGAGAAGACUAGAUUUGGAGCAACUCAUUUGUAACUACUCCUUAAAAAUAGUUACAACCACAUUACCACAAGAUAAACAUUCUGGAAAGGGCCCCUCAAAUUAGUUGUAAGAACCUGGAAAACACAGGUUUUGUCAUUUAUUUCUAUAAAGCCUUUUUAAAAAGCAGAAGCACAGUUUAUAAUCUGGUUGCCUGAAAAAGGCAGGAAAACGGGGGGGGGGGGGGGAAAUAGUGUAACAAAAAAAGUAGCUUUUGUUCCGCAUUUUACAAUUAAGAUCUCCAAAGCACACAGUUUCAUGUGAUAUACUGUAUAUGGUAUCAAUGGCAACAAUUUUUCUGAACAGAUUCUUAGAUUAUCCAUUAGGUCAGCAUUUGCCUCCCCCUGCAAAAAAUAGUUAUUUAUUCUGUUUCUCUAGUGUUUCAGGAGACAAGAUAUAACAUAUGGCACAAAGCAUUCAAAUAUCUUAAGCCACCAGCUUUUUCAUAAGUCUGGAUUGAGUCAUUAUUUAUAUUGAAGUCUACAUACAAUUAAAAAAAAAUCUUUAGGUAAUCUGCAUUCUUUCUAAUGAAGUCACACAUAUAUCUUUUUAAUAUACAAAAUAUAUUAUUUUUUUCAUAAAAACAUCAUUAUAAUAAAUAGGAGGAAUACUGACUUAAACCUUGUUCCCUCAUUCAUCCCGAUUUACGCUACAAGGAGACCAGCACCUUUUGCCCUUAAAUUCUGCAAGCUAAUAUAAAGUCAGACAACAGCAAUUCCUACUAUAUUUACACCGCAUGACAUCAAUGAGACUUAAGCACACCAGUGCCCUGUGCAGAAAUAACAUUUUGUCACCAUGGGUGUGCUAAGUAUUAACCAUGGCAUAGAAUUAAGGGUUUUCCUUUCCAAGUAAACAGAGCAUCAGUAUUCCGUACUAACAAUCCCUAGCUUAUUCUUCUUCAAGUAGAAUGAAACAGCAGAUAAUGACAAUACUUAUUAUAUAAAUAAGUGAUAAAAUGCAAAAGCAAAAUGCAUUCAAAACAGGAAGUAUAAGGACAAAACCAUUAAUGUCUUCAUAAAGUAUUUCCCAUGAACACACAGGACCCAAUCCCAUUAAAAUCUGGGAUGCUUCCGAUUAAAUCAAUGAGUUUUAAGUUCACUGCAUCUACCUUGACCCACUGAUAACUAGAACUGGUGCCGCCAUAAUCUCUCAAUCCUUAUGCAUAGGUGUAGAUAUACACGCAGAGAAUUUCCAUUCUAAGAAAUGCUUCAGCAUGACAGCAAGGUGUCAUUUCAUUAACAGUGUUAUACCAAAGAGUGCUUGCCUAUUGCAGCUUUCCCCAACCUUUCAGCAUAACUGUCGGGAGCUGUGGUUCAUAACAUCUGGAAGGCAACAGGUUGGGGAAGGCUGCUGUAACAGCUAAUGCUGUGAUCUCAGAAGACCAGCUUUAAAUUCCUUUCGUUGUCAUCUGUAGGAUAUCUAUAUAGGUCCCACACAGGUGGCGGCAGCAGGUGCCUGCCUGGCUUCACCGUGGCCUGGUCGAACAUUGCUUCCUCCCCCCGCAAGCUAUGCUGACUGCUGGGGCUCAGCCAUGGUCUCAGCCAAUCACAGGCAAGCUUGUGGGUGCAGCUUGGGGGCAGACCAGAAGGAAGACUUAGUCUUCUUGGCUUCCAUCUGGUCUGUUCCCAUGGCAUAUAAAGGAGCCGAGCCUGGGCUGUUUUCAGUCACAGCUUGGUCUCUGCCAAAGAAGGACAUUGCCAGGAGUCUCCCAAAGAAGAUCCUGGGCCUUGGAAAUGUCUGAAACUGAAGCUGGGCCUCCCAAGUGUUUUCUUCAGUGAGUGGCAACAGAUUGUUGAACAAAAGGCACUUUUAAGUGCCAAUCCUUAAUAGCAGGGUAGGAUUUCGGGGCUACAGGAGGCAGCAGCGGCAAGUGUAGUGGGGUGCCAGGAAGCACUCAGUGCCAGGGGUUCUCCUCACCCCCUCUCCCUCACACCAAAUGCCUAUGUCCAAACCUGUUGACAUCUGUAAUCAAUGAAGUUGUGGCUUGUUUAAAUCCCAAGUGGUUGCCCUGUGUUUACUGCAAUUUCAACACUGAGUCUGGGGCCCACAACUGAAAAAUCUGUAUUUCAUGUACAGUACUGUGCAGUAAGUGUGAAUUUAGGAACUCACUUGAAAUCAAAUUGAUUUAAAUAGAGCCAAAAGGCAUGGACACAGAUGACACCUUAGAAUUAUCUAUCAGCAAUUUACUCAACUAUUUUCUAAAAUAUUAUCAUCGUUCAAGUUCCAAAAUGAUAUCUUUGGUAUCAUUCAGUAGAGUGGAGUACAAGAAUGACAAAUAUUAUUGUUAUAAUGAUAUGGCUUUUCAUAGCUUUUUAAAAAUGUAUUAUGUAAUCUUUAUUGAUAGCCUUUUCACAAAUGUGCUCUUUUAAAGUAUUCCAAUAUCUUCCUCACAUAUAUACUUCUACUUGAAAGGAUAACAAUUCUUUUAAUAUUGUAAAUAUAGUUAUUUGUACUGCCUAACCUAUAUUGGUAUUGGGGAUGGAGAUUCAAUUACUGUUUCCUUCUCAAAAAUGCAAAUGUGUGCAAAUAAAUCAUAAUCUUAACCAUGUCUAUCUACUCAGAAGUAAGCCCUAUUGAAUUGAAUGGUGCUUUCUUCAAGGGUUAGGAAUGCAGCCUAAAUUCUGAGAUCCAAUUCUUAAUGACACAUUACAAACUCUACAUUUGCAUUUGGCAGACUAUGUACAAAUUUUACAUUUUGUAUACUUAAUAAAAAGCCUCAAAAGAACAAAAAAUAGUUACUUUCUUCACCAUUGAGUUUGGCUGCAUUACAUGCAAUGGCAUUUUAAAAAAUGUAACAAGAAGAAAUUUCCAUCGUUUAUUAUUUGGGCUGAAAAUAAAUAUAUUCC